UGAAAAUAAUGUUUGUUGUACAUUCCGAAACAUAAACAUAGCUACUGCACUAUAUAAACACGACAAGUUAGGAUUAAACUUUCUUCUUUCUCUUCAUCCUCAUGAAGUUUAUUUCUUUAUUUGUUACGUGUGUUUUAGUCUCAGUUGAAGCCAAAACCUUCCUUUAUCCAGUACCUCAAGAAGUAACAUGGUCUGAUUCAGCAGCUGUUCUCUCCAACGAUUUCUCGUUCCAAGGUAUCCAGAACAAGAUGGUACAAAAGGCUGCUGAUCGCUAUCUUCGAUUGAUCAAAAAAGAACAAUGGGUGCCUGUUCAAGUCUCGACAGAGAAUAUCACCACCUCAUUAGCACUCCAUCCUUUACAGGGCAUUCAUUUUCAAGUCGCUGAUAAUCAAGUCAAACUGGAUUAUGGUGUUGAUGAAUCUUACCAGUUGGACGUGCCUUCUUCAGGAGGCUAUGCUUCUUUGCGAGCCAAGACAUGGGUGGGCGCUCUUCGUGCUCUUGAAACAUUUUCCCAGUUAGUGAUUUAUCAAGACAAACAUUUGGUUGCUCAUACAGUCACUAUUACAGACGCACCUACUUAUGGUCAUCGGGGCAUCUUGUUGGACACCUCUCGUAACUUCUAUCCUGUCAAGAGUCUAUUGCAUACGAUUGAAGCCAUGACCUACAACAAGAUGAACGUACUUCACUGGCAUGCCACAGACUCCCAAUCGUGGCCACUCUAUUUCAAGUCGCAUCCUGAACUCUCUCAAAAGGGCGCUUACUCUUCUAAGGAAGUCUACACCCCAAGUGAUGUGGCUAAAAUCAUUGACUUUGCACAAGAACGAGGUGUACGUGUCAUUUUGGAAAUUGAUAUGCCUGCACAUACAGCCUCUAUCGUUGCAUCUCACCCCGACUAUAUGCUUUGCACGGAUAAAUUUUGGGCUCCAUAUGCUGCAGAACCUCCUGCUGGUCAAUUAAACCCCUUGAACAACAAUGCGUUUAAUCUUAUUCAAGAGAUUGUGAAAGAAGCCUUGCAAGUAUUUCCUGAUGGAUUCUACCAUACGGGUGGUGAUGAAAUUAAUACGGCUUGUUGGGAAUUGGAUGAGGCCAUCAAGAACUAUACCGCACAACACAAUAUGACUACAAAGGAGAUUUGGUUCCAAUGGGAAAAUAAAUUGUUGGACUAUGUGGCUACAUUGGGUAAGCGAGCUAUCAUGUGGGAAGACCCUGUGAAAGAUGGUGGAAAGUACCCUAAUACAACAAUCAUUCAGACCUGGCUUGCUCCUCCCUCAAAUUACACUGUGCUUGGCCAUGAUGUGAUUGUUUCCAACUAUGACUAUUUCUAUCUAGACUGUGGACAUGGUGGCUGGGUUGGUAAUGAUGAACGCUAUUUGAGUCCUACUCAAGUCGAGACAAGUGCUGAUACCUUUAACUAUGGUGGUUCAGGUGGAUCUUGGUGCUCUCCUUUCAAGACUUGGCAGCGUAUUUACAGUUACGAUAUGACACUUGGCAUUGAUAAGUCACACCCGGGACAAGUCUUGGGCGGUGAAGUGGCUAUGUGGUCAGAACAAACAGGACCUACUGUGAUUGAUGGUAGACUCUGGCCUCGUUCUGCUGCUGCUGCUGAGCUCUAUUGGUCUGGUUCUUAUGAUAAACAAGGAGAAAGACGUACUAUCAAGACAGCCUCAGAACGCUUUUAUGAUUGGGUUUAUCGUCUUCAAGCACGCGGUAUUAAUGCUGAACCUGUACAACCCAAAUAUUGUGCUCAACAUCCUCAUGCCUGUGAUCUUCAUGAUUCAGAAUAAACAUUCUUAUUGUUAUUUGUAUUUAUAUACUUUAUUUAAAGAAAAUUCGUUAUGAUAAAAUA